AUGGUCGUUUUUGUUGAUUUGGACAGCGAUGACUUCACCGAGAAUCUCGGAUCGACAUUAUCUUUGGAGAAUCCUUUCCCAUUCAAGUUGAUGGUUGCGCCCAAUGCGACGGCUAAGUCAAUCGAUCUAUCCUCUUUGUCAACCGUAUUAGAUGACAGCCACAAUGCAACUCAUACCCAAUCCGAAAGCCCCACGAUAUAUAUCCCGAACCGCAAUGCUUUCUCCGCAUGCUUGAGCUGCUAUCCGUACCGACUAACUAGCAUUGUCAAGGAGAUUGCCCGCUCUGUUGACCUGAAUACCCUUCAUGCACUCGCAUCUACAUGCCGCCAAUUUCAAGCCAACCUGACGCAGUUCCGGCACCAGCUAGUGCGCGAGACCCUACGUUGUGAAAACGAGUACCCCAUAAUCGGAGACGACCUGUUCGCAGAAGGUACCAUGAACGCAGGUGAAGACACACAUGUUUCGCGAUCUAUAGGGAGAGGAGGAAGAACCGAGACUGGUCGCUUGACGCGCGGGCAAGUGCGCGCAUGCGCCCGCGACAUGGUGGACGAAUGUCGACGGUGUAGUAUGAUCAUCUGUAGGAAUUGUACAGCCAAGCCCCCUUCCCAAACUGCCCUUGAAAGACGCAUCCGUCGUAUAUGUCAAACCUGCCGCACUGCACCUAUUUCCUCCCAUAUACAUUGCAUUCCAGACAAAGAUUUCUCGGCAAUUGAUCAAGGCAUUCAACACAUCAUUGCUGCGACUAUCUCACAAAAUAUUUGUACUUGCGAGAAUGUCGUGUGGCUGUGCAAUGGAUGCGGCCAAACCCAUAGCGACGACACUAUCUACCGACGUAUAUGGACUUGGCGAGAGCGAUACUCUACUUCCCUAGGCGAGGGUCUCGGCACCGGAAUCGGGGUGGGCUCCGAAGGCUUAAAGUGUGGGCGCGGUGAAGGCUGUCUAACUGCCCAAGAAGUCGAGGUCGAUACGGAUAUCAGUACUCUCACUGUGAGUGACCAUGAUGAGCCAGGAUAUUUCCGACAAGAGACCGUAGGGCUUGGCGGGAAGCUCAAACAAAAAGCAAAGCACCGCUACUUGGUUGGUGCGUGUGUGCCGGAGUACGAGGAUGAACUUACGGAUUUUCUCAAACGAGAAAAGAGUGGUGAGCAUCGCGCUUGGUGCGCCUGGUGCAAGAGAUUGAUUCUGGCCAAAAAAGAACUGAAUUUGUGA